AUGGCCACCUAUGGGAAAGGAUCUCAAUUAGCACCACAAAGUAGUGAUUCAGGAAACCAAAAUGCUAAAAAAAGAUCGAAAGGCAAAACUGUCAACUUAGAUGAUGGAAACAAUGUCAGGACUGCAAAGUGUAUUGUAUUUGAUAAAGAGGAGGACGAGAGGCUAGUCAGUGCAUGGCUGAUUCACUCGAAUGACCCAAUCAAUGGGAAAUGCAAGAAAAAUGAGAGCUACUGGGGUGAUGUACAUGAAUUAUACAAUAGCACUACACCUACAAACCAAAGAAGAGAUGACCAGCUAAGAGACAUGGCUAAGCAGUUUUAUUUGGAUGACUAUCCUAAGGAAGGCCCAUUCACAGUUUUACACUGCUGGAAGGUUCUUCGUGAUGAACCCAAGUGGCAUGUAGUCUUGGAAGAACUUGAAAAACCAAAUAGAAGGAAUUUGGAUGGUGAAGAUGAGGCAAUUGACAUCUCAGGGACGCCAAAAGGUGUAGGAGAAAAGGAACGGUCCUAUAGGGACAAAACAAGCUAA